GACAAGGUUCCUGACAGUGAGGACAAGGUUCCUGGCGGUGAGGCCAAGGUUCCUGGCGGUGACGACAAGGUUCCUCGCGGUGAGGACAAGGUUCCUGGCGGUGAUGACAAGGGUUCUGGCGGUGACGACAUGGUUCCUGGCGGUGAGGACAAGGUUCCUGGCGGUGAGGACAAGGUUCCUGGCG